AUGGUUCGAUUGCGCGAGAUUCCUCGCACUGCGGCCUUCGCAUGGUCGCCCGGCUCAGCUCCGCCAUUGCUCGCUACUGGAACACGCGCCGGCGCUGUUGAUGAUGACUUCUCCAACGACACUAACCUAGAGCUGUGGGAUCUGCAACUAGACCAGCUUGACGCUUCUUCCGACUUGUCUCCUGUUGGCAGCAUCUCUACAGACUCAAGAUUCUACGACAUUGCAUGGAGCCAACCGACUGCCGAUCGCUCUCGUGGUAUCAUUGCCGGUGCCCUUGAGAAUGGCUCGCUCGAUCUAUGGGACGCUGAGAAGCUCCGCUCCAGCCCUUCCGACUCGUUCAUGUCCAGAACAACUAAGCACUCUGGAGCCAUCAAGACUGUUCAAUUCAACCACUCGAAGCACGACCUUCUCGCGACUGCCGGUGCCAAGGGAGAGCUGUUCAUUUACGACCUGAACAACAUCGCCAACCCCUUCAAGUUGGGUGGAGGUGCUGCAAGAGCUGACGAUUAUGAGUGUUUGGACUGGAACAAGGGCGCAAAAGUCCCUCACAUUCUUGCUACUGGUUCAAGUGGAGGCUUUGUCACCAUCUGGGAUGUCAGGCAAAAGAAGGAGAACUUGACUUUGAACAACUAUGCUCGCAAGCCAGUGAGCGCUGUUGCCUGGGAUCCAGAUGUUGCGACCAAGCUCAUGACAGCUGUUCCUAACGACCAAGAGCCUGUGAUUCUCAUGUGGGACUUGCGUAACUCUAGUGCUCCUGAGCGCAUUCUUCGUGGUCACGAGCUCGGCGUUCUUUCCCUGUCGUGGUGUCUGCAGGACUCGAGCUUGUUGCUUUCUGGCGGCAAGGACAACCGUACAAUCGCCUGGAACCCUCACACUGGUGAAUCAUACGGUGAAUUCCCUGUUGUCAAGAACUGGACCUUCCAGACUCGCUGGAAUCCUCAUAACCCUGGUCUUCUCGCUACUGCCUCGUUCGAUGGCAAGAUCUCGGUCCAGACAAUUCAGAACACAAACACAAAGAACGAUGAAAAGACGAAUGCUCAGCAGGCUCUUGAGAGUGACGAUUUCUUCAACCAAGUCCAGACUCAGCCCGAACCAGUCUCCUUCUCUUUGCCCAAGGCUCCCAAGUGGAUGGAACGCCCCGCUGGUGUGUCUUUCGGUUUUGGUGGAAAGCUUGUCAGACUGGCUACCGACUCUGCUUCGAGAAAAUCGACUGUCAGCAUCGAGACCUUUGCUAUUGACUCGGCCGUUACGGAAGCAUCGCAGAAGUUCGAGGAAUCUCUGAAGAGCGGCGACCUGGCCAGCAUUUGCGAAUCAAAGAUUGCUGCUGCAACCAACGAGGAAGAGAAGGCCGACUGGCAAGUCAUUGAGACGUUGAACGCUGGAAAGUCGAGGAAGAAGCUGAGAGAGUACUUGGGCUUUGCUGAGGAGACUGAGGUCGCACAGAAGACUGCUGACUUAAACAUCAACGGUGAUGUUGAAAAGCCCAAGGAAGAGGAUGACAGCAACUUCUUCGGUAACGACAACGCUGACGGAGAAGAUGGCGAUAACUUCCUGGCCGAUCUUGCAGCGACCAAGGGGGCCAAGACCAACCAGCCUUUCCACAUCUUCAGUGGUGAAGAGUCGGACGCAGACAAGAACAUCACACGUGCUCUCAUGCUGGGCAACUUCGAGUCUGCUCUUGACGUUUGCUUGAAGGAUGGCCGCAUGUCAGAUGCCUUCAUGAUUGCUAUUUGCGGUGGACAAAAGUGCAUGGACAAGGUACAGACUGCCUACUUGAAGCAAAAGGCCAAGGGGCCCAAGUACCUGCGUCUUCUUGCCUCGAUCGUUGGCAAGAACCUGUGGGAUGUCGUCCACAACGCCGAUCUGUCAAACUGGAAGGAAGUUAUGGCAACUCUAUGCACCUUUGCCGACGAGACUGAGUUCUCAGACUUGUGCGAGGCUCUGGGUGACCGUCUUGAAGAGUCGCUGUCAACUGCUACCGAUAAGGGCACUUUGAGGAGGGAUGCAUCAUUCUGCUUCCUUGCUGGCUCCAAGCUUGAGAAGGUUGUUACUAUCUGGACACAGGAGCUGCAGGAGAAGGAGAGCGUUGGACUGGAAGCUGCCGAGGGCGAGACCAGCUUCUCUGUCCACGCCAGAUCUUUGCAAGACUUCAUCGAGAAGGUUACUGUCUUCCGCCAGGUUGUUGGCUUCCAAGAUUCCGACCGCCAAGCCAGCGAAAACUGGAAGCUUGCUCCCCUGUAUGCCAAGUACACUGAGUACGCUGAUAUUCUGGCCAGUCAUGGUCAGUUGCAAGUCGCUGAGAAGUACCUGGAUUUGCUGCCUUCAAAGUAUCCUGCAGCAGAGGUUGCUCAGCAAAGAGUCAAGCUCGCCAACAGGACCAAGCCUGCAGUCCCUCAAGUUCAGAGACAGCCCGCCGCCGCCGCUCGUGCUGCUGCACCAAUGGCAGCCUACUCCGCUGCUCCUACACCAGCGCCACUUGCUGCCGCAAACCCAUAUGCACCCAGCGGAGGUAUCAUGUCAACGCCUGCUCCUAGCGUUGCAAACCCUUACGCUCCCCCAGGCGCUGCUCAGCCUGCUGCUGUCUCAAACCCAUACGCACCUCAGGGAUACCAACCUCCACAACCCUCGGGAUAUGGCCAGCCCUAUGGAGCACCCGCCGCUCCUGUUGCUCCUCCUCGUGGUAUGACUCCUAGUGCCGUACCUCCACCACCCAAGAAGGGCGAGACACAACAGUGGAACGACCUUCCAGAAGGCUUCUCCAAGCCGGCCCAGCCUGCAAGAAGAAACACUCCUGGUAUUGCUGCCGUAUCUUCUCCCUUCCCUAAUGCUCCUGUCAUGUCGCCACCUCCCGCUCCUGGUAGCGCUUAUGGCCAGCAACCCUCUGCUGCUUUGCCUCCACCACCAAAGGCAGGACAGAUGCCACCUCGCGUUAUGUCUCCACUGUCAGGUCCUCCGCAGAUUCAGCGUCCCAUCUCAGCUGCAUCCAAUGCCUACACCCCAGCUUCGGUACAGCAGCCUGCCGCUUCAACGCUGCCUCCUCCACCCCAGGCCCCUCCUCUUGGCCGUGGCCCCUCACCAUACAACCCUCCUCCUGCCGCAACAGCAACUGGUCCACCUAGCAACCGUUACGCACCAGCUCCCGGCUCACAACCCACCCCUGUAGCCGGCGGUCUGCCACCACCACGUAACGUUGCUCCCAACCCCUACGGCUCUGCAGCACCCUCGCCAUACGCGCCUGCGGGAGCUUCGGCAUAUGCACCAAGGGCACCAGCAACGCCUUACGGUCAACCACCCGCACAGUCGCAGCCUCCGGCUGCUCAAGCAAUUCCACCUCCACCACAAGGACCGCCUCGUGGUCCUCCUCAAGGUCCUCCCAGAGCCGCCGCACCUCCUCAAGCCGCCCCUCCACAAGCCACUCCUCCUCAGGCUACCCCUCCCCCAUCAGCCGCCCCUCAGCAACCGCCUUCUCGACCCACCACUGCACAAUCUCAGCGAUCUGCACCUGCAGCCGCCAAAUAUCCUCCUGGAGACCGCUCUCACAUUCCUAGCAAUGCAAUGCCAGUCUUCGAAAUCAUGUCCGCAGACAUGGCACGUGUGAAGUCACGCGCACCAGCUUCAUUCGCUGCGCAAGUCAACGACGUCGAGAAGCGUCUCAAUAUCCUCUUCGAUCACCUCAACAACGAGACUCUCGUUAAGCCAGACACUGUUGCCAUGUUGGCGGAGAUUGCACAAGCACUGCAAUCUAGAGACUUUGAUCGCGCUGGAUCUAUCUUGACUGAUAUGAUGAAGGCCAAGUUGGAGUCUGAGGGUGCACACUGGAUGGUUGGAGUCAAGAGAUUGCUCGCCAUGAGUAAGGCUACUCCUGUAUAA